AUGAGCACCCAGCUGGACCGCCUGUCGGUGACCUCGUCCUCCACCGGCUCUUUGGGCUCGGCGGCCGGGGCGGCGGCUGGCUCGGCUGGCAGCGGGCUCCGGCUGCUGUCGGGCAACGUGCGCAAGCUGCACCAUGCACUCAACUUGCUGCUGAGCGAUGCGGAGCGGGAGCAGUUCACCCAUUGCCUGAAUGCUUACCACUCGCGGAGGAACGUCUACGACCUGGUGCGGACCCUGCGCCUGCUGCUUGACAGCCCGGACAAGCGACAGCUGCUUCCCAUGCUGCGCCUGGUCAUUCCGCGCUCGGACCAGCUGCUCUUCGACCAGUACACGUCUGAGGGGCCCUAUCUCAACCGACCGUCCCAAGUGGACUUCGGUUCUGGCCCCGAGGGGGCGCCUGUGGAGGAGCUGCGCGGGGAGGUCCGGCUAGUGAGUCUUAGGAGAAGCAAGACCAACGAGGGUCUCGGCUUCAGCAUCCGAGGUGGCUCUGAGCACGGCGUGGGAAUUUACGUGUCCCUGGUGGAACCAGGCUCCCUGGCGGAGAAGGAGGGGCUAAGGGUGGGCGACCAGAUCCUGAGAGUAAACGACAAGUCUUUGGGCCGAGUGACCCAUGCUGAGGCUGUCAAGGCACUGAAAGGGUCCAAGAAGCUAAUCUUGUCUGUGCAUUCUGUCGGGCGCAUCCCAGGGGGCUAUGUCACCAACCACAUCUAUACCUGGGUGGAUCCUCAUGGCCGAAGCAUCUCUCCCCCUGGGGGACUUCCCCAGCACCAGAGCAGCUCCCUCCGGAGACAGGAGGGGGAGAGGAGGAGCAUCUUGCAGUUUCUUCCAGAGGGAGAUGAGAAAAAGGUGAACCUGGUACUCGGUGAAGGGAGGUCUCUGGGCCUCAUGAUAAGAGGAGGAGCCGAGUAUGCCUUGGGAAUUUAUAUUACUGGUGUGGAUCCAGGGUCUGAAGCAGAAAGCAGUGGCCUCAAGGUUGGGGACCAGAUCCUGGAAGUCAAUGGGAGGAGUUUCUUGAACAUUCCCCAUGAUGAAGCCGUCAAGCUGCUGAAGUCAUCGAGGCAUCUCAUCAUGACAGUGAAGGAUGUAGGGAGGCUGCCCCACGCCCGAACCACUGUGGAUGAGACCAAGUGGAUUGCCAGCUCCCGGAUUGGAGAGACAUUGGUGAACUCAGCAGGGAUACCUGGGGAUCUCACAGGAGAGGGGACAGCAAAGCUGGGAUUCUACAAGGGGCCAGCCAGGUCCCAGGUCACCCUGAGCAGCAUGGUCAACCAGACCCGGGUCGUCUUAGAGGAACAAGCCCGGCAUCUGCUGAAUGAGCAGGAGAGAGCCACCAUGGGCUACUAUCUAGAUGAGUACAAGGAAAAUAACAUCCAUGUGGAUGCCCUCAUCAUGGCUCUGUUUGAACUACUCAACACCCAUGCCAAGUUUUCCCUUCUAUCUGAGGUGAGGGGGCUGAUCUCCCCCCAUGACCUCGAUCGCUUUGACAACAUGGUGUUGAAACGGGAGAUUGAGUCCAUGAAGGCCCGGCAGCCAUCCUGCACUGGCACGGACACUUACUCUGUGGUGUCUUACAGUGACACGGGCUCCUCCUCUGGUAGCCAGGUCACUUCUACCACGGUCAGCUCUGCUCGAAAUACUCUGGAUCUUGAAGAGACGGGAGAAGUAACCCAGGGUAGUAUCAAUGCUCUGCCAGAUGUUUCCUUGGAUGAUGUCGCAUCUCUUUCUGAGGCACCACCCAACUUCAAGCCUCCGCCACCACCUCCUCCAGUUCAGUCCCUUGACUCUUCUGUUCCCCAACAGAGAAAGACUGGGAAAGAUCAUCUCAAACGCCCUUCUUCAGAGUCUUCUCAGUCGGGGCUUUUCUUCACAGCACCCCGCAACCUUAGUUCACCAACCGGCCAACCAGAGAGGGACACAGCCAGCAUCCCAUCCACUGGAGCUACUUCAUCCACAGAGGGGUCUCUUGCCAGCCCCAUCUAUGCCACAAUUUCUCCAGCCAAUCACAGCUCGAAGAGACCAAUGGAUACACACCUGUCAUUUGUCAACCAGCACCCCAUAGGCCCCUUCCCCAGGGUCCAAUCUCCAACUCAUCUGAAGGGCAUGUCCCCUGAUGCUUCUUCAGGGAGCAGCCUCCCAAGUCCUCCUCUUCCCUCUCCUACUGCUGUCCCCAUAGCCCUCGAUAAGACCAGCCCCAAGUCAGGAACAAAUCAUCACUUUGUCAUGGUGGAAGUACACCGGCCAAACAGUGAACCAGAUGUGAACGAAGUGAGGGCCCUGCCACAGACUCGAGCAGCUUCGACCCUUUCCCAACUGUCAGACAGUGGGCAGACUCUCAGCGAAGACAGUGGUGUGGACACCGGGGAGGCAGAGGCCAGCAGCAAAGACCGGGCCCGACAGCAGGCAUCCACGAAGGGAAGAGGCAGCAAGGACCUCCCCCGGAAUGAGGGGGCAGCAGAGGCAGCCACCAAACCCCCUGGCCUUCUGGAACCCACAUCCUCUCUGAUCCGAGUGAUGAAGAGUGCGGCCACCUUGGGGAUUGCUAUCGAGGGUGGUGCUAAUACUCGACAGCCCCUGCCACGGAUCGUUACCAUCCAGAGAGGUGGCUCUGCCCACAACUGUGGGAAGCUGAAGGUGGGUCAUGUGAUCCUGGAGGUGAAUGGCAUGACAAUGAGGGGUAAAGAGCACCGGGAGGCUGCCCGCAUCAUCGCUGAAGCCUUCAAGAUGAAGGAUCGGGACUAUGUGGACUUCCUGGUUACUGAGUUCAAUGUGAUGCUUUAGGGGAAGGACCCCCAGAGCCAAGUAGAAAGAUGGCCUGAGGGAGAGUGCCCAGGAUCCAAGUCACUAAGUCCAGUGGAGGCUAUGAUGAUCUCUGUAUUGUGUCUCACACGUGUAAAACUGCACGUAGCUCCAGGUCAAAGAGAUGCUCCUUCCCAGAUCUGCUAGUGCCCCCCUUCUGGCACACGCAUGCCCCUCUCCCCAGGCUGGGGGAUAGGCACUCACCUGGCUAUGGCAGGUGGUGUGACAUGCCUGUUCCAACCAGCCUGACUACCAGUCCAGAUUGGGGCCCACCUACUCCCCUUACUCCCAGGUACAUUGUCAAGCUGGCUGCUGGCAGACAGACAGAGUUUAGCAUCCCCUGGGCUAGCAGUCAGCCUCAGCAGAGCCCAGAGAGCAGGAAAGAAGAUGGGAAAACAAGGAAGGACUAAGAACAAGAAAGAGGCCCAAGGGGGAGGGGAAGAACUCCAAGGCCAGAACAGAAGAAGAGGCCGGAGAGAGCUGAAGCUUUUGUUCAGCCUUCCCCUGACCUGUUUACAGUUGUCACUACUUGGCUCCACCUCUGUGUUAAGGAACAUUUGUCUUUACCAUAUGCUCAACUCUGUUGUCCUUUACCUUAACCCUGAACCCUUUGAAUCCCUUCUGAGUUGGGUUAGAGGCUCUCCUGACCUACCUACCAGCUCUGGCCUCCUCCCCACCUUCCCCACUU